AUGGAGCCUACUGGAAACACGACACUUUAUGUUGGCAAUUUAGAUCAUUCCGUGACGGAAGAAUUAAUUUGCACCCUGUUCUCUCAAAUGGGUCCCGUUAAAAGCUGCAAAGUAAUCCGUGAUUCUGGUAGCGAUCCAUAUGCAUUCGUUGAAUAUCAUCAUCAUACAGCAGCAUCAACUGCACUCAGCGCAAUGAAUAAACGUUCGUUUCUCGAUCGUGAAAUGAAGGUUAAUUGGGCGACAAGCAGUGCUGGAAAUCAGCCCAAAACUGAUACAAGUCACCAUCAUCACAUAUUUGUUGGAGAUCUUAGUCCAGAAAUUGAGACCGAAACGUUACGUGAAGCGUUUGCUCCUUUUGGGGAGAUUUCAAAUUGUCUCAUUGUUCGUGAUCCUCAAACAUUAAAAUCGAAAGGAUAUGCCUUUGUUUCUUUUGUGAAAAAAAGCGAUGCAGAGAAUGCAAUUCAAGCAAUGAACGGACAAUGGCUUGGUUCAAGAGCUAUUCGAACUAAUUGGUCAACAAGAAAGCCACCAGCAACGACUGGUAAAGGUGUAUCGAAAACAGCUGAUUAUGAAGAGAUUUAUAAUAAAACAAGUCCCACAAAUACAACAGUUUAUUGUGGAGGAUUUACAGCCAAUGUACUCACUGAUGACAUGAUUUACAAACAUUUUGGACAAUUUGGUCAGAUCCAUGAUAUCAGAGUGUUUAAAGAUAAAGGUUACGCCUUUAUAAAGUUUACAACGAAAGAAGCAGCUGCCCGAGCUAUUGAAGGUACAAACAAUUCUGAUGUGUAUGGACACGCGGUGAAAUGUUUUUGGGGAAAAGAAAAUGGAAAUGGCGGUGAUCAAACUGGAGCUUCUGUUAUGAUGGGACAAGGAAUUAUAGCUGCAUCACCAGCCGCUAAUUCUACAACACAGCAGCAGCUUCAACAACAACAAGUUUAUGCUUACCAACAACAGAUGGGAUAUUGGUAUCCAGCAGGAUAUCCGGCUCAAAUGACAGCACAAGCCGCACAAUAUAUGCAACAAGGAUAUGCUGGAUAUCCAUUUGCUUAUGCUAGUCCACAACAACAACAACAACAGAAUGCUGCUGCAAUAUCUGGUUAUCGAAUGAUUCAACCAUCAGCAGUACCUGCAAAUAUGGCAACAGCAUGGGGAGUUCCCCCACCUCAAGCUGGAGGUGCACCUAUUCAAAAUUCCAUUUCAAAUGGCAACAGCACUAGUAACAAUGGAACACCCCAACCAAUGUUGAAAGAAAUAAAAGAGAAAGAAGAAAAAAGAAGCAUCACCAACCGAAAGUCUCAGUCUCGUAAUAUCAAGGACUCGUUGAGGUUUUCUUUAUUAAUAAGAGAAUAA